AUGGACAGGAUACAGCUUAGAGUUAACGGGGUUCCGUGUUCCGUGGGCAGCGAGGUGGACUCCACGGUGACCCUCCUGGACUACCUCCGGAAGACCCUGGGUCUGCGCGGUACCAAGUACAUGUGCAGGGAGGGUGGCUGCGGCGCCUGCGUCGUCACCAUCACUAAGGGCCGAGAUGGGAAACCUGAGAGUGUCAAUUCGUGUCUAGUAUCAGUGACCUCUUGUCACAACUGGGAUGUGACCACCGUGGAGGGCAUCGGGAACAAGCUGAUUGGCUACCACCCGGUGCAGACGGUGCUGGCUGAGAACAACGGGACCCAGUGUGGGUACUGCAGCCCGGGAUGGGUGAUGGCUAUGUACAGUUUACUGAAAAACAAAAGAAUGACAAGACUAGAAAUCGAACAAUCUCUGGGUAGCAACGUCUGCAGAUGUACUGGCUACAGACCGAUUUUGGAAGCAUUCAAGAAAUUCGCGUCUGAUUCCUAUGAUUCUAUCGACAUAAUGGACAUAGAGGAUCUGAAAAUUUGCAAAAAAACAGGAGAGGCAUGCUCGAAAUCAAACUGUGAAGAGUUCGACUGGUGUCUAAUAAACAAAGAAGAUGUUGGUAAUAGACUGAUUAACAUAAAGCUACAGGAUGGAAGAUUCUGGUACAAAAUUGACACUAUUAACGACAUAUUCAGCGUGUUCCAAGAAAGAGGAAUAGACUCCUACAUGCUUGUUGCAGGAAAUACUGGCAAAGGUGUAUACCCAAUUGAAGAAUACCCAAGAAUACUAAUAGAUAUAGCAGAUAUUCCCGAACUGAGAGGUUACUAUUUUGAUCAGAACUUAGUGAUUGGAGGCGGAACCACCUUAUCGGAGCUCGCACAGAUUUUUCAGCAGUUGAGUGCUAACGAUAAUAAUUUUAAAUACUUGCAAGUGUUGAAUGAUCAUCUCAGUCUGGUCGCACACAUUCCAGUGAAAAACAUUGGUACAAUAGCUGGUAAUCUGAUGUUGAAAAGCCAAAACAAAACAUUUAAGUCGGAUAUAUUCGUUAUGCUAGCAACUGUCGGAGCACAAAUAACAAUUGUAACUGGCCCCGGAGUGAAGAAAUCAAUGUCAAUGAGAUCAUUCUUGAAGGAGGAUAUGAAAGGAAAAAUUAUAUUGAACGUGAUGCUGCCUCCACUGAAUAGUUACGAAAAUAGAGUCGUAACUUUCAAGAUUAUGCCUAGAUCACAGAACGCUCACGCUAUGCUACACAGCGGCUACCUUUACCAGCUGGACCAGCAAAACAUCGUCAGACGAUGCAGGAUCAUCUAUAGCGGUCUCUCGGAGAACUUCCUCAGGGCGUUCAAAACGGAGAAAUUCCUGAUAGGCAAGCCUUUAUUCACGAACGAGACCCUCCAGGGCGCGUUGAAGGUGCUUGAUGCUGAGAUGGUGGUGACCCUGAAGCUUCCAGAACCCUCAGUGGAGUAUCGGAGGCAGGAGGCGUUGUCUCUGUUUUAUAAGGGCCUGCUAACGAUAUGCCCUGCGAACAUUCUCCGGCCGAAGUACGCUUCAGGCGCCAUCAAGGUGCACAAAGCGCGGCCGGUGUCGAGUGGCCGGCAAACAUUCGACACUGACACCAAGGACUGGCCCGUCAACCAGGCUAUACCCAAAUUGGAUGGAUUACUGCAGUGCUCGGGCGAGGCGAAAUACGCGGAGGACGUGCCGACGCUGCAGAACGAGGUGUACGCCGCCUUCGUGCUGAGCACCGUCGGGCUCGGCAAGAUCGCUAGAAUCGAUCCGACCAGCGCUUUGGCAUGUCCGGGUGUCAUCGCUGUCUAUACAGCAUCAGAUAUACCUGGCGUGAACAGUUUCAUACCAAAAGGAAGAAUAUUGCACGUAGAUAACGAAGAGGUUCUUUGUAGUGGAGACGUAAAAUAUUACAAUCAACCUGUUGCAGUAGUGGUCGCUGAAACUCAGUCUUUAGCAGAAAGAGCGACUAAACUCGUAUCAGUCACUUACAGUAACGUCAAAAAACCUGUGAUAGAUGUUAAAGAUGCAAUAAAAGAAUCGUCUAGAAAUACCCAAUUCAUAAGUAUGGAACCAACCAAAAUAGGGAAUGACGUGAAGAAAGUAAUAAAAGGAGAUAACACGAUAUAUGGACAAUAUCAUUUUUGCAUGGAAACGUUGGUAUGUGUAUCUCAUCCAACUGAAGAAGGUAUACAAGUCUAUACAGCUACGCAGUGGGUGGAUGUUGUUCAGCAAAUGACUGCUAAAGCUCUAAAAAUGGAUGUUAAUAGGAUCGAUGUGUCUUGUCGUCGCGUCGGAGGUGCUUAUGGGUAUAAAAUUUCCCGAUCCACUCAAGUCGCUAUUGCAUGUAACCUGGUCGUAUAUAAGUUGAAUCGACCCUGCAGAUUCAUACAGCCCUUGAAAACAAACAUGAAAGCUGUGGGGAAAAGACUACCGGCUUACCUCGGCUUCGAGAUGGGUGUAAAUGAAAAAGGAGUGAUACAAUACGCCAAAUGCGAGAUGUACUCAGACAAUGGCUAUGUGCGAGCGGAGGAUCUCCAACCGAUUGGGCUGGGAGAGUAUCACAACUGCUACAAGAAAGAGCCUUGGAAGUACACCUCGUAUAACACGCUCACCGAUACGCCUUCUAACACCUGGUGUAGAUCUCCCAUAACUGUUGAAAAUAUAGCCAUGUGUGAACUUAUGAUGGAGCAUAUAGCUUACGAAAUGAAUUUAGAUCCAGUUGAUGUACGUCUAGCAAAUCUAGACAGGGAACAGUUCGGUGAAUUGGUAGAAAUGUUCGAAACUCUCAAAACUAAUGGAGAUUACGCGAACAGAAAAGCACUGGUUGAUGAAUUUAACAGUAAAAAUAGAUGGAAGAAACGCGGGCUAAGAUUUUCAUUUAUACGAUGGACUCCAGCAGCUUUCCAAUACUUUGACGUGAAUCUAAAUGUAUACCACGAAGAUGGAACUGUCGUUAUUACCCAUGGAGGAGUAGAAAUGGGUCAGGGUAUGAAUACUAAGGCCAUUCAAAUUUGUGCGUAUUAUCUCAAAAUACCUGUAGACAAAAUCCAAAUUAAAGCCAACGAUACGACUACAACGCCCAAUAGCUUCGUCUCCGGUGGAGCUACAGCAUCGCAAAAUGUCGGUAUUGGUGUAAGAAGAUGCUGCGAGGAAAUGUUGAAAAGACUGGAGCCUAUACGAAAGGAGAUGGACAAUCCUACAUGGCCCGAAUUAGUCAAGAAAGCACACUCAAUGGAUAUAGAUCUACAAGCGCAUGGUUUUGUAAACAUAGCAGAUGUCCAAGCAUACCACAUCUACGGUAUAGGUUUGAAUGAAGUGGAGAUAGACGUUUUGACUGGUGAAUACGAAAUCAUAAGAGUGGACCUAAUAGAAGAUUGUGGUAAAAGUAUCAAUCCAGCUAUUGACAUUGGUCAGGUGGAAGGUGCCUACAUAAUGGGUGUGGGAUACUGGACGAGCGAGGAGCUGAUAUACGACAAGGACUCCGGAGAACUACUCUCCGACAGGAGCUGGGAGUACUGGGUGCCGCAGGCCAAGGAUAUACCCCAGGACUUCAGGGUAUACUUUAGGAAAAGAUCCUACAGCACUGAGUUGAUUCUUGGGGCUAAAGCAACCGGUGAGCCCGCUACGUGCCUCGGGGUGGGAAUACCCCUCGCGUUGAGAGCGGCCAUGGUGGCCGCCCGAGCGGAGUCAGGGAUUCCCUCCAACGUCUGGUUCAAUAUAGAUGGUCCGUACACUGUCGAAAAAGUGAUGUGCAACUGUGGAACCAAGAAAGAAGAUUUCAAAUUUUACUAAAAAUUUACAAAAUAUGGUGUAC